GAGGCGGAGGUCGGCGCUCGGGUCCGUCUCUGCCCGCGGCUGUGGCGGCGCCGGCGGCUCCAGCCUUAGCGGUUCCUCCCUGGGCGGCGGCGGCGGCGGCUCGGUCGACGCCUCCUCCGCCAGCUGAGCCCCGCGGGAGCCCGGGACGCCGGCUUCGCGCCCGCCCCGCGCCCCGAGGCCGCCGCCCGGCCAUGGCGCAGCCGGGCCCGGCUCCUCAGCCCAACGUUUCUCUUCAGCAACGGGUAGCAGAAUUGGAAAAAAUUAAUGCAGAAUUUUUACGUGCACAGCAGCAGCUUGAGCAAGAAUUUAAUCAAAAGAGAGCGAAAUUUAAAGAGUUAUAUUUGGCUAAAGAGGAGGACCUGAAGAGGCAGAACGCGGUGCUGCAGGCGGCGCAGGAUGACCUGGGGCAGCUCCGGACGCAGCUGUGGGAGGCCCAGGCAGAGGUGGAGAACAUCAAGGCCAUCGCCACGGUCUCGGAGAACACCAAGCAGGAGGCCAUCGACGAAGUGAAGAGACAGUGGAGGGAGGAGGUCGCUUCCCUCCAGGCUGUUAUGAAAGAGACGGUGCGCGACUACGAGCACCAGUUCCACGUGCGGCUGGAGCAGGAGCGCAGCCAGUGGGCGCAGUACCGCGAGGCGGCCGACAGGGAGCUGGCCGACCUGAGGCGCCGGCUGUCCGAAGGCCAGGAGGAGGAGAACCUGGAAAACGAGAUGAAGAAGGCGCAAGAGGAUGCUGAGAAGCUUCGGUCUGUUGUGAUGCCCAUGGAGAAGGAGAUCGCGGCUCUGAAAGAGAAGCUGACGGAGGCUGAAGACAAGGUUAAGGAGCUGGAAGCCUCAAAGGUUAAGGAGCUGAAUCACUAUCUGGAAGCUGAGAAGUCCUGCAGAACGGACCUGGAGAUGUACGUCGCCGUCCUGAACACUCAGAAAUCUGUUCUCCAGGAAGAUGCCGAGAAACUUCGGAAGGAGUUGCACGAAGUGUGCCGCCUCCUGGAGCAAGAGCGACAAGAGCACCACGAGCUGAAACACACGUGGCAGAGAGCCAAUGACCAGUUCCUGGAGUCCCAGCGCCUGCUGAUGCGGGACAUGCAGCGCAUGGAGGCGGUGCUCACAUCCGAGCAGCUGCGGCGGGUGGAGGAGCUCAAGAAGAGGGACCAGGAGGAAGAUGAACAACAGAGAUUUAGUAAGGGGAAGGACCAUAAAAAAGCAGAUGUCGAGGAGGAGGUGAAAGUGCCAGCGGCGUGCGCGUUAGCGCACGAGGAAUCUGCAGCCCAGUUAUCAAACGAAGAGGAGCACCGAGGUAGCACCCACGGCUCAGUGCACUCCCUGGACGCGGACCUGUUGUUGCCGUCCGGGGACCCGUUCGCCAGAUCGGACAGUGACGUGUUCAAAGACGGACUCAGGAGAGCACAGUCCACGGACAGCCUUGGGCCCUCGGGCUCGCUGCAGUCCAAAGCUUUGGGCUACAACUGCAAGGCCAAGUCUGCCGGAAACCUGGACGAGUCGGAUUUUGGGCCGUUGGUGGGAGCAGACUCGGUGUCUGAGAACUUCGACACCGCUUCCCUUGGGUCGCUGCAGAUGCCAGGCGGGUUCAUGUUAACCAAAGACCAGGAGAGAGCGAUCAAGGCCAUGACGCCAGAGCAAGAAGAGACGGCGUCUCUCCUGUCCAGCGUCACCCAGGGUGUGGAGACUGCGUACGUGUCCCCCAGCGGCUACCGCUUAGUCAGCGAGACGGAGUGGGACCUCCUGCAGAAGGAGGUACAUAACGCCGGAAACAAACUCGGCAGACGCUGUGACAUGUGUUCCAACUACGAGAAACAGCUGCAGGGGCUUCAGACUCAGGAGGCUGAGACGCGAGACCAGGUGAAGAAGCUGCAGGCGAUGCUGAGACAGGCCAACGACCAGCUGGAGAGGACGCUGAGGGAGCGGCACGGGCUGGAGGCGGCGCUGAGGCGCAGCGCGGAGGACACCAGCCUGCAGAUCUCUACGCUUGUCCAAAGGGCCCAAGCGUCUGAGCUCUUACUUGAAGACUUGCAGCAGGGCUUUUCCCAGGCAAAAAGGGAUGUUCAGGAACAGAUGGCCGUGCUGACGCGGUCCCGGGAGCAGGUUUCCGAGGAGCUGCUGAGGCUGCAGAGGGACAACGACAGUCUGCAGGGGAAGCACAGCCUGCACGUGGCCCUGCAGCAGGCGGAGGACUUCAUCCUCCCGGACUCCGUGGAGGCGCUGCGGGAGCUGGCCCUCGGCUACCGCGAGAGCAUCAUCCACGUGCGCACCGCAGCAGAGCACACGGAGGAGAAGCUGAAGGCAGAGAUCCUGUUCCUGAAGGAGCAGAUCCAGGCGGAGCAGUGUCUGAAGGAGAAUCUGGAGGAGACUCUGCAGCUGGAGAUCGAAAACUGCAAGGAGGAGCUGGCUUCCGUUUCCAGCCUAAAAGCUGAACUAGAAAGAAUAAAAGUAGAAAAAGGGCAGGUGGAGUCGUCGCUGAGGGAGAAGGCGCAGCAGCUGGAGAGCGUCCAGGACACGAGGAGCGCGCUGGAGGAGCAGUUGAGGAGGGAGACGGCUGCUAAGGGCACAGCCGAGCAGCUCCUGUUUGAAGAGAAGAACAAAGCUCAGCGGCUGCAGACGGAACUAGACGUCAGUGAGCAGGUGCAGAGGGACUUUGUGAAGCUGUCUCAGACCCUGCAGGUGCAGCUGGAGCGGAUCCGGCAAGCCGGCUCCCUGGAGAGGAUCCGGGCCAUUCUCAACGACACCAAGCUGACGGACAUCAACCAGCUCCCGGAGACAUGACACCCGCCGCAGGACGUGGCCUGCACCCUGGGUUUUUAACUCCUCUUUAGAGCAACAUUAAUUAUUCUUUAACUCUUAACUGAACAAGUGACAGAACAGGAGGCCAGGAGCGAGGCUCACGCGUGGCGAGGGAAGACUGUGGCGCGGGAGCUGCGAGCAGGCCUUCCAGACGGGGCGACGGACGGGAACGGGAUUCCGGGGGUGACAGAGGAAGUGCUGCUGUGGCCCACACGUCCCUGCCUUUAAAGCAACAGCCCAGUUGCGUUUGGAAUGAGCUUUGCUGGUCGUAGAUCCGGGGAUGGGGUGUUUCCCGCUGCGCAGAGCUCGUCAGCCGCCCCGGCCAGCGCACAGGCGUGGCGUUCGCUGUAUGAAUAUUUUAUAUUAAAAUAUGAAGGUUGAGAGCAGGCCGUUGGCUCGUGACGGAAUCUCCGGGCUCCGGGCGUUUCUUUCCUACCGUCUUCUCUCGCGUCGGAGGGCCGCAAACGCACUGAGGCUCGCGGAGUAUGUCCGACGGCGGCGGGCGAGACCCGUUCUCGGGCUGAAUCAAUCGUGAGAACUCGAACUCAAGGCUGGGCUCUCUCUCUAUUGGAAGCUGAGGUUCAAGGAAAAGCAAGCACAAGAGACUGGAAGCACUUUCUCUGCCGCCCGGCUGCAUCUCGUGGGCCCGCGGUACCAGGGUUCAGCACGUCUACUCUUGAAAACUGUUUUAGUUUAGUUGUUGGAUCAGUGGAAAAAUAAUAUUAAUAAAACAAGCUCUGUCUGACAUCUAGUAUAAACUUA